AUGGCUUACUCACAGAACAUAUUCGCCGCCUCAAGAUCGACUCCUUCACUAUCAGUACCCCCAUCCCAACCUGCGUCCGAUGCGGUCCUCCAUCCACCACACCGCCCUCUGAAGAAACCCACUGAAGCGCCCUACACCUUCCUUUGCACGAUCUACUGGACCGAGCAUGAGCCGCCGCCGCAGACUCUUGGCCUCGAAAGUCGCAUCGUCUGUGCCGAUUGCUGGAAAUGGUUGCACAGCAUCAGCAUCUGCUGGUACUGUGGGGAGCUGGUCUUUCGCCAGACCGACGCGUCCCCGUUGCGCCCGCCGCCGUAUUUCAAUGAGAGAGGCCUCCCCCACAAGCGUGGGAUCACCGUCGACGAGGCCCCCGUGUGUCCUAGUUGCAGUGCCGAACCACAGUCACUCACCAAACUUGAGCAACAUGCCCGCAAACCUAGAUCUCAAUCUGCAUGGGUCAAGCCUCCCGCGGGGCUCCUGGAUAGAUCAGGUUCAAGGGUAUCUCUGGAUGAUCCCCUCAACCCGGAGGCGAACAAGAUUGGAAUUCAGAGGCAUGCCCCGGGUUCUCUGCCGCCUUGGAUGUCGUUGUUGCCAUCAGUUCGCAGAGCAAGGGAACAGUCAGCGCAUCACGAAGCGUCGAGGCGACGUGCCACGUUCCCACGCCUUGAGAAACUACGCCCACCCACACCGUUCGCAACGCCGCCUCAAUAUCCGGCCAGGUCGGGCCAGACGGGCGCACCAUUGGAGGUGCCUUCCGCGCUAUCGUUACGCCACAGUCAAGAGUCAACCGAGUCGUUCGUUUCUUCACUCUCGCGGCCUCUAUCACAAGGAACUAUUCACACGCUACAUCGGAGCGAGUCGCUGUCAUAUACCCCUCCAUACUCGUCUGUCACCAGUUCUCAGAUCAAUGAACAAUUCAACCAGACUCCGUCCAGAGAGAGUCUCCAGUCACGCAGUCAUGAGCCGAUCGAAGGACAGACACUCUCGAAGCUACUGCUCAGGCGCAACCCUUCCAUUCAGAGACACAGCCAUUCUCUAUGUCGUGCCUCAACCACCAGUACCAUCGCCCCUGGUACCCCUGGUACUUCUAGAGGGUCCCGCGGCUGGUCCCCGUUACAGGCCAGAAUGCCGUGCCAGGACAUCCCCCGCCCAAGGGCCCCCUCUUUCAAGGAACUAUCGGAUUUCUUCGCCACCGGGGCUGCCACGGGAAAAUGGAGUCCUGCUGCCAGCAGCAGUGCUUCUCAAAUGAAUGCCAGCGGAGCCAGCACUCCCAGUCGACUGCGCAAGGCAUGUCACUACUGUGGCAUGGACAUGUCGAAUUGGUGGCUUCAACGGGCGUCGGACAGCGGCGUGAGACGAAGGGCAACAGGAGCAGAAGGGCCCUGUCUCGGCACGCCCAAAAUAUGUCCCAGUUGCAAGGCUGGCAACGGGAUUCCUGGAGCUUGGACGUGA